AUGGCCAUGUGUUCACUGUCUCGAGUUCUAUCAGCGCUAGCUCUUCUGUUCAUCGCCUACAAUGCCUUCAACAUGUACACUAUAUUCUACCCAUCUCAAUGCAGCCGUGGGGACCGCUGUAUCCAUCCAAAGCACCCCCUCAGCUCUCCCAUGGAGCUCUGGGUGUACACUUCCCCUCAUGCCUCCACUCAGUCCAGUGCUCGUGGGAUGAAUCAACUGCUCCACUGGUCCUCCUUCAAUAGGAACAUCUCUCAAGACGAAAGUGUGAAUGUAACGCUGUCCAGCUCCACUCUCAAUAAUGGCUCUCUGUAUGCUCACGUAUUCCUAGGACGCAAGGGAAAGUCCCCUAUGACAUCAAAUGAUGUCACACUCAUGUCUGUGGGUGUGGUUCCGUUAACAAAAUACUCACUCCUUCGCUCGAGUUCAUUCAAUCUUCUCUUUGGAAUCAAGGGGUCAAAGGAAGUGGACCGCGUGGUGUCUCAUUGGAUACCAUCACUCAGUGUGGGUAGUUUGGACGAGGACUUUGUGUUUGACUCCCACAAUACCCCCCCUGAUCUAAUUCCUUACAUAAGACUGACCCCCCACAGUCGACCUCUCAAGUACCUCCCACUACUCUACCUGGACAAGCUCCAAAUAAGACGAAGAGAUUUAAUACCGCUAGGUCCGACCAAUGAGAGUGUCUCGCUGCUGAUCAAGUACACACCUCUACCAGUGGGUAGACUGCGUCUGUAUGGCCUCUUUUCUGGUGCCCUGGACAACAUGCAGCGACUGGGCUUCACAGAGAAGGAGUUUGAAGAUGUGAAGGGAAUUGUUUUGGAUACCAACUUCUACCUGUUUGCUCUCACCAUGCUCAUCUCUGUGUUCCAUUUGCUGUUUGAUUUCUUGGCCUUCAAGAAUGAUAUAGAGUUCUGGCGAGGACGUAAGACUACAGCAGGACUAGCCACUAGCACCAUUGUAUGGCGUGCCUUUAGCCACAGUGUUGUGUUUCUGUAUCUGCUGGAGGAGAAGACAAGUCUGUUAGUGAUUGUUCCCUCAGGCAUAGCCACCAUUAUUGAGUAUUGGAAGGCUCUGAGAGCUUGCAAGACUCGUGUGGUAUGGAAGGGUGUCCUACCAACACUAGAGAGAGGUGUCAAGGUUGGUUCAGAGUUAGAGACAGCAGUGUAUGAUACUCAAGCCAUGAAGAAGCUGUCUUAUCUCCUGUGUCCCCUGGUGCUAGUGGGUGCAGUCUACCAGCUGGUCUACUCCUCUUACAGAAGUUGGUACUCCUGGAUCAUCAACUCUCUGGUGAAUGGAGUGUACACCUUUGGCUUCUUGUUCAUGCUGCCACAACUCUUCCUCAACUAUAAACUCAAGUCAGUGGCUCACCUUCCCUGGAGAGCCUUCAUGUACAAGGCAUUCAACACGUUUAUUGAUGAUGUAUUUGCAUUCAUCAUCGUCAUGCCAACAGCUCAUCGUAUUGCUGUGUUCCGUGAUGACCUCGUGUUUCUUGUCUAUCUCUACCAGCGCUGGCUGUAUCCAGUGGACAAGGCUAGAGUCAAUGAAUUUGGAGAAUCAUUUGAAACUAAGCAACAUCAGGACUAGCAGAUAUAAUGUUAUAUAGCUGAGAUAUUGUUAGUGUUUAUAUUUUCAGGUUGAUUUUUGCACAUUGGAAUUUCAUAAAUUAUGGCAGUAGAAAUAACUAUAAG